AUGAAGCUUCCCGUAGUGUGCCGCACCUGUGAUACCAGAAAUGCAGAGAUUCUUUAUAAGCUUGAAACAUAUACGAAAAAGUUCCCAGAGAAAAUGCUUUCUGAUCUUCUAACGGAAUUAACCAAAAUAGAGCUUACCGAGUCCUACCCACAGAAACCCCCCCAAUGCGUUUGUGGGGAUUGCACGCGCAAGCUAAUAGGCGCAUACUACUUUGUGACACAAGCCCGCGAAGCCAACAGUCUUUUGCUGAGCCACCUUAAUCGAAGCGAUUCUGGUCCGAUUGUGGCUGCUGUCGAAGAUUGUCUAGAAGAAGCACCUAUGGAGCUAUGCCCCGAGCAGCAUGUGACAGUUAAGAUAGAAGACGACAGGGCCGACAAUGACAUUAGUUGUAUUGAACUGCCUGAGUUUGAUUUGAUACAACAAUCGGAUGUUGCAGAUGAAGCUGAAGAAGAUACGAAAAAGUCGUUUGAUCCGCUAAAAAUGCUUGAUGCUGUCAAACAGGAGACAGAUGAACAAAGAGCUUCCCUAUUGCAAGAUGAGGAGGAUUCGCUUGAUGAAAUGCCGUUGACACAGCGAGUGCAGCGUUGGAAGCAAGAAGAACAUAAAUUAAAAAAACGUUUUAAGUGCGACCAGUGUCCCAAGAGUUUUAACAAAGUCGAGUGUAUGAAGCAGCAUAGUGCACGGUAUCACAAUUCAAAAAUUGAUUGGUAUUCUUGUACAUUUUGCAUCAGAAAAUUUAGUCGUAGUGAUGGCUUACAAGCGCAUCUUAAAGUUCACAGCAAUCCGAAACGUUCAUCACAUGUUGCAGACCGGAAGAAAGUUAAAGAUAUCGAUGUGAAUCUUUGUAAGCCACAUGGAUUCAAACUCAUACAGUGCAUGAUUUGUCAGAGCAAAUAUAAUAGAAUCUCCGAACUGCGACGCCAUUUGGAAGCGCAUCCCGAGCCAAACAUAUCUAACAUUAGAGAGCGAUACAACUUGGAAUUAAAUGAGCUAAGGGAACUGUUUUAUCCUGAUUUUAAAGACGCAACUGAGGAUCAUUUACAAAAGCUCAUGUUAAAGGAUUUGGGUUCUGGUAUUUAUCAGCGAUUCUAUUCAAUAACCAAUCAGUCUGGCUAUGAAAUGGAUUUGGACAGUUCGGAAACGGACAGCGAAGCCGAACAGGAAGUAUAUGAGCAAACUAUAGGAAAGACAAAAACAUCGAGAAGCUCUUCCUAUCAAUGCGAGUUGUGUGAUGAGGGAUAUCAACGCAAAUAUCAGCUUUUGGAGCACCAGCGACAAAGCCAUGCAUGGUCCGAAGUGCCUCACAUUUGUGGUCGUUGUGAUGCGCGCUUCGUGAGCCUUCAGAUACUAAGACAUCAUUAUGAGUCGCAGUGUAAAAAUGCUCAAAAGCGUUUCUUAUGCCCCAAAUGUUCAUGCAGAUUCCGCUGGAAGCAUAAUUUGAAGGCACACCUCCAAAAACAUCGAGUCAUACACACAUCACACGAAUGCCAACAAUGUAAUCGGGUUUUCGACAAGAAAAAAUCACUGACUGUUCAUUUGCUCAGUGUUCAUGCUGAUCAGUCCAAAAUAAUCUCGUGUCAAUGGUGCCCUCGCAAGUUUUAUCGUCAUGACUACCUCGUGAAGCAUCUAAAACGUCAUGGCAUUGUAGAGCAGGACAUUCCACUAGCAGAGACUUUGAUAGCUGCCACAUCAAAGCCGAAUGGUGUCAAGAUCAUAAAAUGCAAGAUUUGCAAUGUCCAGUUCGACCGUAUAGCCGAUCUUCGUGCUCAUAUACAGCUGGAACUUAAGUUGUCUCUUACUUUGCAUCAAAACUACGAAUCUCCAAACAACUAUUCUAUAAUAAAUGAAUCCGGUUUCGAAAUGCAUCUCGAUGACUCCGAAACAGAGGACGAAACACAAUCUGAAUCAACUUCUGGGUUCUAUAAGACUCCUACGCUAUAUGUUUGUGAAAUUUGUAGUGUGCAGUGCCCUCGGAAGUACGAAAUGAUGCAACAUCAGCGCACCAUGCAUCGAUUUGUCAAAUUGCCGUAUGAGUGCGACCGUUGCAUAUUCAAGUGUGUUUCCAAGAACAUAAUGGAGCACCAUAUGCAAUUGCAAUGCCAAAGUGAGGAGAAGAAGCACACGUGUAAAAGGUGUAGCUACAAGUUUAUGUGGCCUGAAAAUCUAGAACUACAUGUACGAUUGCAACAUGGCGACAAAGAUGAAGGAGCUACAGAACAAAGCGACCCCAAUGGAAAUAAGGAGGCGCCUGGGACUUCUAAAGGACCUGCAAAUGUUGAAUUACUGCAAUGCCCGCAUUGCGAUCGAACUUAUCAGCUAAAAUCACGUCUAAAUAAUCACAUUCGGGAUGUACACGUCAAUGGGGAUCGUAAACGUAAAGAGGCGAUGAAAAGAUUUCUAUGCUCAAUCUGUGGCAAAGAGUUGCACUCGGGUGCUAGUUUGGCAACCCACAUGCGGAGGCACACCGGCGAGAAGCCCUUUAAAUGUGAUUUGUGUGACAUGGCCUUUCCGCGCUAUUCAGAGAUGCGCUCUCAUCGCCGGAUGCACACUGGUGAGAAGCCAUAUCAUUGUACGGUCUGUGGAAAGGACUUUGCCUGGUCCGACAAACUGAAGAGACACAUGCUGACGCACAGUGGUCUAAAACCGCACAAAUGCAAUUACUGCGAGAAGAGUUACCGGCAGUCUAAAGACUUAAAUUUGCAUUUGCAACAGCACACAGGCGAGUGCCCAUUCGUGUGUGGUACUUGCGGUGAGCGGUUCAUACAGAGAAGCUCGUUGGAAAAACAUCGCAUGAUGCGACGUCAUUUCGAUGAUGAAGGAGAUAGGAUUAAGAUAGCUAUUGAAUAAGACAACGGUGGCAAUAUACAUAUAUACAUUGGUACGUAGUUUUAUAUUUGUGUAAUCUGAUAUAGAUAUUCACCUUAAAAUUAAAGUUUUUGGGGUUUUAUUGAUA